UAAAUAGCAGAUUCAACUGACAGGCUCUGUGUCUGCUCCCAGGUCAUUAUGUCUUUGCUAUACAUUGAUAUAAUCUGCAGAUCCAUGGGAAAUGUAAAUGAUACAAGCAUUUGACCCUAUCUGAAUUAAUCUAAGUAUCCUUAUGGCUCUGAGACUUGCCUUUUCCCAGCCCCAGACAAAACCCCAAACAAAAUAUAACUUGAUUUUAACCUGCAACCAAGCCAUCUGGGCACUUGUCUUCUUAGAUUUUAAAAGUCAUAAAUUUAAAUCAUAUUAAAUCAUAAUUAAAAAUGAAAUUAGAUCAUAAAUUAAAAGGAAGACUUUGCUUGUGGCAGGAAACAGUUUUUCCUUUUCCUUGUGUGCACUUUUUCAUUGAGUCAGUUGGUGUCUGAUCCUGUUUCCCAGCAGAGAGGUAAAGGGAUUCUGUGCUCCUGGCGGGUCCAUCUGUAACAGGAAAAAGAAGCAUCCUACUUGCUUGUUGUCUUUCAAUUGCCAAAGCAAUUGUGCAAGAAUAAGAAGGAUCAUAUUCUUGCUGAACUCCAAGUGAGCAGUCAUUCUUUGCCUUUCAUACCUAAUCUUUCUACAUUUUCAAUGGAAUGAACUGUUGCUCACUUCUUUUCUGUCUAGAGCUACUGUCUAAUUUAAUUGCAUGAUGUUAAAUUGCCACAGUUUUCCAGUCUAGAGCAAAUUGCCUUUCAAGGCUGAAGGGUUCCCUCUACGUAAAGUUCAUUCAGUCCUUUGGUAUGAGCAUGCAAACAUAUUUUUAAUGGUAUUAAAUGCUUUGUGUUACAUGCUAGCUAGAAGGACCAUAUGCAGUUAUAUAGUCCUAUAUGCUAAAGGAAAUAAAUGUAGAAAACAAAGGCGGUGAGGGGGAAGAUGAAAGAAUUAAACCGGAAGCUCGCUGACCUUCAUACAUACGUGGAAUUAGCAAAGGCCAAGAUAAACUUUUAUCUCUUUAAUAGAUCUAGUGAAAACUUGCUUCCAGCUUUUGGAUUUAAUUGCUGUGAUAACAGGACUUGCCGGGGCGACACACCUUUAGGAAUAAGGACGCUUCGUCCUGGAACUGGCAUCACCGUAUCACCCAGGAACCCGCACAAUCCUCCUCCUGCCUUUUCUGACCUGAUGCUGAACAAAGGAGAGGUGGUUCUGAUUUCAGGUCAUGAGGGGAUGAUAUCAUUAUCUGCUCACUCCUGGCUUUAACUUUCAAAAGGGCAAAAGAGAGCAGAGAACACACUUGUGAGUCCUUUCAUAGAGAUAAUCAGUGUCAUCUUUAAUAAAUGUCCUCUGCCUCCCCUCUGCUACUCAAAACAAAGAGCUGUCUGCCUCCUACAGAGCAAGAGGUUUUUGCACAGGCCCAGAGUACCAUUUUGCAACUCAUCUCCCUUUCUUAGCCAUUUCCUACCAAGAUUAAUGGCCAGUAAUUUCAGUGCCAUUUAGGCUCUGCCAACCACCAGAUGCUCUCCAUCAGGGGGAUGGUCCCAAGUCAUCUGUUGUGGGCACAUUGUUCUUCUAGCAUAGGGGUGUGCUUCUUUGACCCUCAUCUCUGUGUCCCCCAGGACACAUGUGCAUACAGCUGGAUCUGCAGGAGGACAGUGUGUGCAGAGAUAAUGAAGCCUGGUGGCCAGAGGCUCCUUCUUCCAGGAUCCAUGGGCAUCUGGCAUGGGCAGGCUUCUUUGGCUGUCCUGCACUGGUUCUGAAGGAUACAGUCUUACAUUGUCCUCGGCUUGAACAGUAAAGGAUAAAUUGAUCACUGGCUGAGUUGUCAUCUCUUCGUUGUGAUGGAAAAAUGGUCGCCUAAAAUAAACUCUUUGUUAUGCUGCUAAAACUGCCUUUGAAUCCAAGAUCUGUUGUGAUUUUUAAAACACAAAUCCAAAAAUGUCAGAACUCGACUCUUCAUCUGGAUUUGUAGGAAACACGGAAAAUGGGACUUUUCUGGAGCUGUAUCCCACAUCCCUUUCAACUUCAGUGGAUUCAUCGCCUGGCCGUUUAUCCAAUGUCUAUGUCUAUGUUUCUAUAUUCCUUAGUCUCUUAGCUUUUCUCCUUUUGCUAUUGAUCAUUGCACUUCAGAGGCUGAAAAACAUAAUUUCUUCCAGUUCCUCCUACCCUGAAUAUAAUAGUGAUGCGGGAAGUUCUUUCACUAAUUUAGAGGUUUGUAGUAUUUCUUCCCAGCGUUCUGCUCUCUCAAACCUUUCUUCAUGAAACUAAAUGAAAGAAAACACACGGGGAGUGGAAGAGCUUUGUCUAGUUUCUUGGGGACGUAGUGCAUGCAACGUUUGCCUUAGAAGACUAUUAUGAAGAGGUGGCUUUUAAAGUUUCCCUAGGUUUUUUUUCUUUCUUUUUCUAGUCUUCACUUCCCCUUUUACUAAUGUUCCUUUUCAUUUUGGACAAUGGAUAAU